AUGCGAAUGUUACUGCCAUCUUUGCCUCCUAAUGGUACCUCGGAAAUGCAACAGAAUAGAUUUAAGUCCACCUCGAUUAGCUACAAGAAUAUUUCCGCAAAUGGAAACUUACAGUUCAGUCGGCCAAAAUGCAAAUUAUCACUUUUACCGAGGAAAACCAAACCUACUGACCAAAUUGUAUCCGCUAUUCUCAAGAAAUGGCAAAACCAGGAAAAAAUAAUACAAAUCACGCCAUCAGGCCAUCGAAUCUGGGCUGCAGUAGCUAAGACAUACAUCAGCAAGAUCCAAAAAAUACAAAAUAAAUUCUUGCGCAUCACUUCGAACCAUGCGAUCUGUGAACUCAACGCAAUAGCUAACAUACAAACA